AAACAUAACUCGUGCCACCUAAGAAAAAACUAAAAGUCAAAGUGGAACUUGAUUUUUCAUAAAUAGCACAAAGAAUAAAGAGUUUGCACAUUAUCUGGGAAAAUGAGCAUAGUCGUUGGUAAUUUUAAAAUGUUGACAACGUCUUUUUCUUAAUUAAUUAAUUAAUUAAAUCACAAAAAUGCUACUGCUACAUUCAAAAUCGUUAGACUGUAGACACUGUAGAGUGAAGUCGAAGUGGAUAUCGGCGAAAUAUCGGAUAGCAGCGGCUCUGUGGUGGUCUUGUAAGACGCACUAUUUACGAUUUAAAUUAAAAAUAUUGGAAAAGGAAAAAAAAAAAAAAAAGAAUAUUGGCAAUUAAUGGCAAAAAUCAUGCAAUAGGAUAUCGGCGAAAUAUCGGAUAGCAGCGGCUCUGUGGUGGUCUUGUAAGACGCACUAUUUACGAUUUAAAAUAAAAAUAUUGGAAAAGGAAAAAAAAAAAAAAGAAUAUUGGCAAUUAAUGGCAAAAAUCAUGCAAUUAAAUGUGAUUUUAAAAAGUAACUAGUUACUAAUUUGAAAUAUUUGUUGUACUGACCAUGACAAUAAAAUGAUUUUCACAAUUCAAUGACAUCAGUCCAGUUACUGUCACUGUUACAAUUACUUAUUACUUACUUAGUUUUACUGUCACAUCAAUGAUAAUAAUCAUUUUGUUAUGUGGAUGAUCAUAAGGCAAGGCUCAUAGGCCUAAAUGGUUAUGACAAUGUGAUUGUCAACUCCAGUUCAUCGUUCAUCAACAAAGUUCAGUUAACCUUUUUUUUUUUAAAAAAAAUACUAAUGACUAAUACAUGAUUUAUUUAUGGAAUCCAUAUAUGUUUGAAGAUUUUUAUUUAUUUAUUACUACGGAAGUUGGCUGUUGAUUCACAUUAAUCAUUUGCUCAUUUGCAAAUAACUUCCAGAUUUAUUAAAUCAACAUAUGAUUUUCAAAUUAUAUUAUAACAAUUCACUUGCAAAUUUCCAUAAAUUAUUAAAUAAUUCAUUGACCUUACUCUUACAAUAAUAGUACCAUAAUUAAAAUAUGAACAAAUCCAAAUAACCUCCUCGUUGUUAGUAGAGGUGCAUGACAUGUUCCAAAAUUUUUAUUUUUUUGUUUAAAAUGUAUUUCAGGAGGUGGUACUGGAUUUAUUGGCCGUCAGUUAGCAAGACUUGGUCAAAGCAAAGGUUUCAAAGUUAUUUCUGUCUCCAGAAAAGCUGGCCCAAACCGUUUGACAUGGGUAAUUAUAAGAUAGAUACAAAUCUUUUAAAGCUGUGCAAGCAUGCCUGUAAAUUCUGACAGAUUGGUGAACAAAUUAAUAUAGGCUGCCCUUACUUUGAGGAAGGAUUUUCAUUGAUCAUGCUGAUCUUAAGUAGCUCUAAUGUAGUGGGCUUGAUGUACUGUCUAAAAUUUUAUUUUUACUAAUGACAAAUGAAUUUUGAUAUUCUUUCCACAAUUUUUAAAAUUAAAUUUAUAACAUGAUAUUAAUUGCUUUCUUUAUAAUUUUAUUUAAAUUUAAAUAUUUGAAAUUAUGUAUUUCAAAACAAGAAUUUUUUUUUUUUUAACAUGAGACCCCCAGCCUUAUAUAUCUUAAAGCUUUGCAAGCAUCAAUUCAUUGACUCGUAUGUACUCACACAGUAAACAUUCUACUUUUCAGAAUGACAUUAGUCGAAAUGGUCUGCCAGAGGACUGUGUGGCUGUUGUCAGCAUGUCUGGUGAACCCAUCCUUCAGCCUUUCAAAAAGUAAUUUUUACAGAGUUGUUUUAAGAACACUUGAGGGAUAUUUAAUUUCUGGCUAAGCCAAGUUUUCAUUGACAAAUUUAAAAAAAAAAAAUAUUUUUUAAUGUUAAUAAAAUUUUUAUAGAUGUUCAAUUACACAACAGUUCACAUUUUCAUUACUUUGUCGUAAGUAUAUUUUGGGAUAUGCCAACGGGUCUGUCCAGCCUGUAAUUAUAUUUCAUAUUUCAGGUGGACUGAUGACUUCAAAUCUCAGUUGAAAGAAAGCAGGGUGGAAAAAACAAAACUGUUGUGUCAGGCCAUUUGCUCAUCAUCAAAACCACCCAAAGCUUUUGUUUCUUUAUCCGGAGUGGGUAAGUGCAGUUAGCAGGGUGUCACUGUUCUGGAAAUGUAAAUUAAACAAGGCUGUAUUCUGUAUUAAAAUUGCUGUGAACGCAGACCAAUUUCAUAUCUGUUAUUAUAUACCACCACAUCACAGACUUGUACAGUCACAGAUUUGAGCAAAAACUACAAAAAUCGGAACCUAAUUCCUAAUAAUAACUUUGACAUAUAACUGCUUUUUAAAAAAAAAAUAAAAAAAUAUUCAAUCUCCAUUAUACACUGUGAUGAUGUUUUGUGAAUACUAAUGCUUUUUGUUACCCUCUCUUCAAUUAAAACUUAUUUGUUGUUACAGAAGGAUCAUCUUGUGUUGUAGAAAUAAUUUAAUGAAAUAUAAUACUUGAUAAUGGCUGUUUUUUUAGAUGUGGCUCCGUUUCAUCUUGUAUCAUGUUUAAGGUUAUUACAAGCCUGACCCAAACAAAGAAUACACAGAGAGCGACGUCGUUGAGCCCUUUGACUUUCUUUCACAACUUACCAAAGAAUGGGAAGCAGCAGCCAAAUUACCAGCUCAAGUCCCCACCAGAUCUGUCAUUGUUAGAACUGGUGAGAUAUGUUAGUCAGGAUGUAAACAGUGAAUAACAAUACCAAAAACAAAGAAAAGAAAAAAGACUAUUUUAAAAAAAAAUGGAUAAAUCUUCAUAGUCGAAAACCGUUGAGAGUGCAAGUUGUCUCCCUUGUGUCAGGUUUAGUUUAUGAAGUUUCAUUCUUUUUUGCUUUAUUUUUGAGUGAAGGAUAGCAUCUCCUAUAACUACAUUUUAAUUUUAUCUAUCUUUUCAUGUCAAAUUGCACAUAUUAAACAUUUUCGUUGCUUACCUUCUUCAGCUCUAUCACUUAAUAUUAAUCAAAUCUCCUUUAAAACAUUCAAAGAGAUUAAUUAAUGAUCACAUGGGUUGUAAACUAUAGAACAAAAAAAACAUUAAUUUCUUUGAUAGUUAACAUACAUGUUUUAUUAAACUUACUGGAGUAGUGGUUGUAAAAUAUAGAAGAAAGAAAUUUCAUUUAUGUGACAGUUAAUAUACACAUUCUAUUUAACUUACAGGAGUCGUGGUUGGAAAAGAAGGCGGAGUUAUCCAAAACAUUAAAACUCCUUUCUCACUCGGCCUGGGUGGGCCGAUCGGCUCAGGCAAACAGUGGUUUCCAUGGAUACACGUAGAGGACAUGGCAGGUAUCAUACUCCAUGCUGUGGAAAACGACAGGGUCUCCGGCAUCCUGAACGGCACCGCCCCCAACCCCGUCCGCAGCGGGGAAUUCACCAAGGCGUACGCCUCGGCUCUGUUCAGACCUCAUCUCAUCCCGCUCCCAAGCUUUGCCGUCAAUGCAAUGUUCGGCCAGGAAGGUGGCACCAUAUUGUUGGAAGGCCAAAAAGUCUUGCCUAAGAGAACAUUAGAAGCGGGGUACAAGUUCAAAUACCCUACAAUAGAGCUGGCAUGCAAACAAGUUGCUUCGUAAACUACUACACUACACACAUAGAAACAGUUUGAGCGAAUGCCAUUUAAAUUUAUUUUUCUGUGUUAUGGUGCUUCUGUUUGAAAACGUAACACUUUUUACGUUGCAUUAGUGGUAGGUGUUAUUAUGUGUAAUAUAAUCUUGUGUUUAUGGUCUGUGACUGAGUAUUAGAAUGGAUUUUUAAGGGUUUAAAUUCAUGAAUUAUAUGUCUCCUACUUGAUACUAUCAUAAUGAUAAAAAGGAUCAUGAUUAUCUCAAAUUGAAACUCUCAUAUUGAUAAAAUUAUCAUGAUUAUCUGAAAUUGAUACUGUUAUAUUGAUGAAAAGUAUCAUGAUCAUCUCAAAUUGAUAAGGUACUAUCAAUUAAUUAAAAAUAAUCAAGAACAUGUCAAAUUGAUACUAUCAUAUUGAUUAAAAUGAUCAAGAACAUCUCAAAUUAAUAAUCUAAUCUUCCCAAUCCUCAUCUAAACCUUGAAACAAUUUUGAAGAUUGUGUAACUAUGUAUCCAAACUGAGUGAAGUUGAUAAACCUGUUACCUCAUCAAUGCAUAAAAAUGUAAACAAGAAAAGAAUACUCACGCACUGACCAUGUCUAAUGCUGACUUUAAUUUAUUGGAAUAAUUUCCACUGAUGACUAAAUGUAAGCAUUUUUUUGACAAGCUUUUCUUUUAAAUAGAGGAUUCUUCAGUGUGAACUCUGAUGCUUUAUGCCCCCCCACCUACCCAUCACAUUUACCCUAACCCUGUCAUAUUCAAAGUUUCACAAAGUCAUAGCUGGCAUGUCAUGAAGUAUAGUGACAAGGCUUCAUAAAGUCCAGCUCCCAUGUUAAGAAUAGUGAUUAGGCUAGAAGAUCAAUAAUUGAUCUAAUGUAAAACUAUUAAAAAAAUAAUUUGGGAUAGAAAGAACAAACAACUUUGUUAGUAGACUAACUAUCUAUCAACAACUGUUGGUUGAUCAGUUGUAUUUAUAAAACGUCAACUGGUUGUUGUGUUGAUGUUUUUUUUUAUGUAAUUGUUUUAAUUUCUGCUGACAUAAAAAUUCAAAUUUUUUACUGUGUAAACACAGGUCUGCAAUUUUAAAAUUUAUUUUGCUGGCAUCCGUCCAUCACAAUAUGACGAUGGUGAAGACUUCGCAAGACGAAAUCCACAAGGCCUGGAAUUAUUCUUCUAGGAUUAUAAGCUGGUUCCCAACGGCAAAUGGCCUCUCUCCACGCCGCUGGAUAACCCUAGGGAGCAUCAUGUGGAGGAUACAGCUUGGCACCAGUGGCGUCGCAGGAGUUGUCGGAAUGUUUCAUUGUACCAAUGUUAUCCACCUACGGGACUCCAUCUCGGGGUUUUGAAUUCAUAGUUUCCUUCUCUUAGAUGAGUUGCCAUCCAAGGUUAAUGAGUCCCAGCCACCUGUAUGUUUUUUUACAAUGUUGAAUUUUUUUGAUGUAUGAAGCUUGAGGAUCUGUAUUGUAUAUUUCUUGUAAGGUACAACUUUAUCCUAGGCCUUUCAUUUUAAUCCUAGGCCGUUACUGGAGUUUUAUUUUAGUUUUUUGCAGAAUUGUUGUUAUUUUCCAUGACUAACAAAUAGCAUUUGUAUGGAGAAUAAUAUUCAAGUUUUAUUUUGUAGAGAGUUUGCCUUAAGCAAAGUGUUUGGAAAAUC